AUGUGUUUGACAUCUCGCAAAGAGAAAAUGGACGAGAAAAAGGCUCGCUCUCAAGAAAUAGAUCGUAUGAUCCGACAGGAUCAGAAAAGGAAUCAGACUCGAAUCAAGCUCCUGCUUUUGGGUGCCGGCGAGAGCGGCAAAUCUACCGUCCUCAAGCAAAUGAAGCUCAUAAAUGCUGACGGCUUCUCAAAAUCCGAGCGUAAGGAUUUCUGGAGACCCGUCAUCUUCACAAAUCUGGUCUCCGCAUUCAAGGUUGUCUUGGAAAAUAUGGACGAGUAUGGUUUAAAAUUGGAGAAUGAAGAGAGUAUAAGAUGUGCCGGCAUGAUUUUGGCAGACCCAGAGGUCCACGCCGAGCAGAAGUAUCCCCGAGAAUAUUUAGAUGUUUGCCUCACUCUGUGGGACGACCCCAACUUCAAAAGCGGCAUCCAGAAGGGUCACGAGUAUGCCCUUCAUGAUAACAUUAAUUAUUUCUUCAGCAACAUUCAGCGUCUAUUUGCCGAUGAUUACCUCCCGAACGAUCAAGACAUCCUUCGCUCCCGUCUUCGAACCACUGGUAUCACAGAGACCACCUUUGACCUUGGCAGCGUGACCUAUCACAUGUACGACGUUGGUGGACAACGCUCCGAACGCAAAAAGUGGAUCCAUUGCUUCGAAGGCGUUAAUUGCCUCCUCUUCCUCGCUGCCGUGUCCGGCUACGACCAGUGUCUUAUCGAAGACAGACGCAGCAAUCAAAUGUACGAGGCGCUUAUGCUCUUCGACUCCAUUGUGAAUUCGCCUUGGUUCAAGCAAUCUGCCAUGAUUCUUUUCCUCAACAAAGUUGACCUCUUCAAAGCGAAGCUGGCUACUAGUUCAAUUCGUCGUUACUUUCCAGACUUCCAGGCGGAUGACGAGGAUUAUGAAGCGGCAAAGAAGUUCUUCGCUAACAAGUUCAUCCACUUGAAUCGAUCGCCGACUCGCGAGAUUUACGUUCACUUCACGAAUGCAACUGACACCAAUCUCCUAAAGAUCACGAUGACCUCUGUUCAAGAUAUGAUUUUGCAGCGCAAUAUCUCCAACCUUCUUCUUUGA